CACACUCUGGCAACAUAAUUUUUCUAGAGCACCUACUUUUAAUGCUAACAUUUCGCCAUGCAUGUCACUCAUUAAGAAGAAGUAGAAAACGUCUAAUUUAUUGUGUUCGACGGAUAUCAAUUCAACGACCACUGCUGUGAAUAUUUUUGAUAAAUUUCCAAUUAAAUUAUAAGUUAAACAUAAUGACUGGGAUCAUGGAUACUGUAGAAAUGCCUAAAUUACCAGAAAAUCAAAAAUCCUUUGCCGGAAUACCCGAAGCAGUAUUUCUGGAAGAAAUCGAUAAAUUUAUGGCCCAGCCAGAAAAUGAGGAAAAUUGCGAAAAAGUCUUACAACGUUUAGAUGAACAGCACAGUAAAUACAGAUUUAUGGCCUAUAAUUUGGAGGCCCGCAAACGUAAAUUGAAAUCCCAAAUACCCGAUUUACAAAGAUCUCUUGAAAUGAUUGAUGUUUUACGCAAAGAAACUGAAGAACGUGAAACACAAUUUUUGCUCAGUGACCAGGUGUUCAUUAAAACCAUGGUGCCACCCACUAAAACCGUCUGCCUGUGGUUGGGUGCCAGCGUUAUGUUGGAAUAUCCUUUGGAUGAAGCUGAGGUUCUGUUGAAACAAAAUAUGACUUCGGCUAUAUCAAAUUUGAAAACUGUCGAACAUGAUCAAGAUUUUUUGAGAGAUCAAAUUACAACCACCGAAGUAAAUAUGGCUCGUGUUUAUAAUUGGGGUGUUAAAAAACGUCAAGCAGCUGCUAAAACCGCUUCAGGAGCCGCAUCCUCUUCAUCAUAAUGGCCUGAUACAGUUUAAAACACCAACUCACAUUCAUCACCUACAAAAACCUACUUUUAUUUAGCUCUACCCGAACUCUGUGUAGUGCACUUUAAUUGGCAAUGUUUUAAAGUUGAAAUUCGAUCUAUCUAUAUCUCAUUUAGCUAUCAUUCUAUUAAUCAUAACUCUUUUUUUUUGUUUUCCUAUUAAAAAAAUGUCUCAAAUUUCUUAAAAUCAUUUUUAAAUUGUUUGUUAACUUUUUCUUCAUUUUCUGCUUAUUUAUUAAAUAAAUUCAAUUAUGAAUUUGAAAAUGUGAAACUAGACCGAGAGGAAGACGAGUGUGUUUUUCAAAAUAUAAAUAAAAAGCUUUUUCGUUUA